GUCACUCCAGUCAGUUCAAUCUUCACUCAUCCUCGACUUCCAUAUGAUUUCGCUCCUUUCCUUACUUCUUUCUACCAACCAAAUAAACAAUUCAUUUCACAUUUCGCAUAUAUCUCCUCCUUCGCCCAUGAUGACGCCAACUUCCUAGACCCAAUCUACCAGACUACCAUCACAAUGUCUCCCCAGCCCAUUGACGAAGCCCUCCUCUUCCACCCCAAAGACCCGAACAUCGUCGACGAGAAUUUAUACGAAGAAUUCAGCCUCUCCUCCGUCGACAUUUUCUCGGCCUCCCACCCCACCGUCCUCGUCUCCCUCUUCGAAGCCGACGAAUCCUCCCCCGUCACCGUCGUCGGGAAGCUCGCCCCGCUCAACAAGCGCGAGCAGCACUUCCUUCAGCACCCGCUCCCCUCCAAGGACCGCCUUAUCCAAGCACGCAACGUCCGCCGCUUCUCGUUCGGCCAGUAUCUAGAUGGCACCCUCGCCUUCUGGGCCCUAGGCUCUGCCGGCCACUUCAAGUUGAGGCCAAGCGCUAACUAUAAGCCGCUCUUCGACGACAUGGAAGAGGGGUGUCGCAUCCUCUACUUCCUAGUCGACACGUAUAAGACGUCGGAGUCGAGCCGCGUACCGGCGCGCGUCCCGCCUCAAGAAGUGUUUGCGCGCCUCGCCGCUCGGUAUCCGCAAUAUGCGGCGGACGCGGGCGAGGCGAUGCGAAAGAUCUACAAGCAUCAGAACUUCCUCGUCGGCCAGAUGCGGCAGGGGAGGGAUGGGCUGCAUUGGGGUCACACGGGGAUUUACCAGCAUUUGGUCAAGAGACCGGGGAGUGGUCUGGUUCAGCCAUCCCCUACCCCAGCGACCGAGCAACCGGCAAUCAAGGACCGGCCGUCGAGUACGAGACAAAUCGUCCCAAGGUCAACAACCACGGCCACGACUUCAAGAACCUCAUCCUCCACACCCACGACCAAGGCAGCCGAUAUGCCUCCCUCGACAAUGCCCCCUGCAGACAAGCAGCCCGACCACACCCAGCCCCUCAUCCCCAAACGCCGCCCUGGCCGGCCUCGCAAGGACCGCGCGAAAGAAUGGGAAUCCGCCCAGACGCUCUGGUCAUUCAUGCGCACCGCCGUCCGCACGCGGUCGAUCGCCACACGCGACAUCACGCUGGCUGGCUUUGCCUCCGCGUUCAACCUGCACUACGACCUCCACCCGGCGGUGGACGCAGCGCAGUAUUUCCUCGCGCACGCGACGGCACUGGUGUCGAUGAUGCAGCUGGCGGACGACGGGAUCCACGGGGGAGUAACGGUGGACGGGGGGCGGAUGCGGUGGACGCGGACAAUUGUGUAUCGGGCCCUGGUCAGCGAGGAGAUGGACGCGAAGACGCAGGCGGAGGUGUUGGGCGUGGAGGCCACGCCGCGGGCGGAGAGCGGGCUGGUGGAGGCGGUGAAUGAGCAGGAUGAGCGGGAUGCGGAGAGUAGUGGGGCGGAGGAGGAGGUGGUGGUGUUGAUGCCGAAGCGGAAUACGAGGGGAAGGAAGAGUAAGAGCGUGUUGAGGCCGAAGGCGAGCCGGAAGCGGUAUUCGGGGAAAGGCGCGGCGACGGAUGUCAAGGAUGAGGAGAUGGACGAUGGAGAUGUGGAUGCGACGCCGCCGAAGCGAAAGGGCGACGAGAUGGACGUUGACGGCGAUGGCGUCGAGCACCGGCGACCGUCGAAACGCAACAAGAGCAUCGAGCCGCAUCUAGCAGACAUGAACCUCGACUACCCAUCCAUACCCGGCGCAGACAGCUCCGAUGACGACGACGCCUCCACCUCACCCUCAUCCACACCACCCCCCUCCCUCGCCACCACCCAAAUGCACCAUCUUGCCACCGCCCUCACCGCUGCCCUCCCCCUCCACCGCAAGCCCCCCCUCACCGAUUCCAUCUCCCUCUUCCACCCCCUCCUGCGCGCCGAGCCGCGCCCCUCCACCGCGCCCAACGCGCCCGGCGACGCGUGGCAGUGCACCUUCUCAGGAUGCGCGCACGUGGUGUUCGGCGCGAGCACGGACGACGGAGUUGGGUUGAUUGAGGAGCAUUUGGUGGUGCAUGAGGGGGGGAUAGAGGAGCGGUUGGGGAUUAUUCGGGAGGAGGGGGGGCGGGUGGGGAUGCCGGUGAAUAACCUUCUCAAACGCAUUCGGGACCUUGCGACACAGCAUGCGGUCUCGGCCGCUGCGGAGCCGAGUAGUACGGCGGGAGCAGCGGAGGAGAAUGCACCGGCGCCACGGUUGUUGAGACAGCGAUACUGAUGGAGAGAUGAGCUGGUCCUCUUAUACGGAGGGAUAACGUGUUUUAUGAGUGUCUAAGGCUGGCGUUCACUGGAGGGGGUACAUGGGAAAGAUACCCUCGUGGGAAAGCUAGGUGAACAUGGAAUUGCGUCCGAUGAUAGUACAGUUUACGCGUAGUGUUACAAGAUCGGAUAAUUUCUUCGAAUUCAUUAGGUGGGAAUCCUGUCCCGUCUCAUCUUAAUGUGGGACAAUAUUCAUCG